CUACUCGACUACCCGAUAUGUUAUUGGUGCGACUGCAGAACAACAACAUAUUAUAUUAUUAUUAUUAUUAAAAUGUUCGUGUGCACGCGAUUUUUAUAAAAUUUAUUACGCAACUAAGAAGUAACAAAAACCAUACACAACUAGGUCAAAAAAUAUGUACCGCUUUUCCGUUUUCCAUAGUAUAUAAUAAUACUAUUUAGACACGGGUAACUGGUAAACUCUGUUGUGUUUACCUCCAAGCCGAAAUUGAUUUGCCUCUAUCCGUGGCUAAAUAAUAUAUUUAGCCAUGCCUCUAUCUAUAUAGAAGAGGAAAAAAAACAUUUAUAUUGAUAACUGAUAAGGCGGUCGGGAUUAUCAUAAUUAUUGGGUAGAGUCUACGCCGCCUUUGACCCGCCGCAGUCCGACUAACAAAAAUCGUUAAAACAAACUCUGUCAGUGAGACGGCUUUUGAAUGUGUCCCGUUCGAACGUAACGGGACGUACCCAUUGAAGCGCCGGACGAUUGAAUCGCGUUUUCAUCACUGUACCAUGUCGGAUCAUUCGUCACUAGUCGCAACGUUCAAAGAAAAACUGCGACCCAGAUACUAUGGCAAGUCCGGCGGAGCGAACAGUCGUUACAUCAAAGAGAACAUUUAUUUCAACGGUAUAGCCCUCAAGGAGUCGCUGCUGCACGACAACGAGUAUCAGGAAACACAGACCCAUAAACGCAUGCUGAUCGGCCACAACAACAAGACCGCCGCUUACCCGAACAACAAGUGUCUAGAGCUGGAAAAAGGUUGUUUCAUAUAUCAGAAUCCUGCAAGCCAUUACGACGACAACGAUUUUAUACACAAGUUCACGGACAUGUCUAUGGUUAAUGAGCUGGGGGUGGUCAACAGCAAUUACACGCAUUCCUCAGACACCAAAACGUAUAAUCUGAAAAAAAAUGACCGUGAAGAAAUUCGUAAACGCUUAGUAGAUGGUUAUCAUAACACAAGAAAGUCGACAAAAAAAUCAAGUUUAGAAUCUAGAUUACAAAACAGUUCUAAUCUACAGCUAUGCUUUAUGAACGAACAAUCUUCAGACACAGAGUUACCAAUUAAUAAUUGUGACAUCUCAGCUGAAGAUGAGAAGCUAAAAUCUGCUGCUGAACUUAAACAAGGUUUGAAUUUGGCAAAAAACCGAGCACGAGCACAUAUGAUUUCAGAUCAGCGCAAUUGUGUAAUUUCAGCUGUAAUUAAAGAAAGUCUUUCAAAAGUUGGAGUGAAGUUAGACAAUGAUAGAAGACGUGUCAGUAGACAUUUCUUAAUGCGUUUGAACUUGGCACAACUACAAGUUAUUGUUAAUGAUCUACAUUCUUACAUCGAAUACUUAAACGAAAGCCUUGUGAAUUUAUUACUAGAAAGAGAUGAAUUACACAUGGCGAAGGAUUCAAUGUUGGUUGACAUUGAAGAUUUAAAACACGUUAAUCGCAUGUCAUAUUAGUGCAAAUACUACUUUCACAUUUUUGAAACUAUCCGUAUUUUAUAAGUGUGUGUAACUUUAAAACAUUAGAACUGUAGUGUCGGAUAUUACUAAAUAAUAUCAUUAAUGUUAUUUUCAUUCCUUCAAGUAUUAUAGUUAUAAGUUAUAACUUAUAAACAAGGUUGUACCCAGAAUACAUUAAUUAUUAAUAGAUCAUGUUGUUUUAUUUUGUUAUUUAGACAUUAUCAUAAAAGACAAAUAAUUCUUUAAAUAAUAUGAACAAAUUUCAUCGGAAAAGUGAACUUUUAGAGGUACAGCCUUGUUUAUUAAUAUUUAGAUUAUUGAAACCUAUGGUUAGUGCCUAGAAUAUAUUGUUAGGUAAUUAAAUUGUUUUUAAACAUUUUAUUUGCAUAUGUCCUAUUAUUAUAUUACAUCAUAUAUUAUAAUAGGGUAUCAUUUUGUAGUUGAUUUCAUAAUUUAAAUAUACUUAAAUGGAUAAUGAUAAAACAAAUACCUAAAUCUUUCUCAUUUUAUUGAUCUUAUAGUUUUAAUUUUACUUUUAUUUUACUACUGUACCAUUACUUAGUACUGUUAAUUAUUAAUUACUAUCAAGUAUGAAUAUCUUCUUGUUGUUUAAACAUUUAAUAUUAAUUCUUUAAAUUUUAAUAAACCAUAUUUAAGAAAUAAACACUUAAUUUCAAAAUAUUAUUACUAACUAUAAUUACUGUAAUAUAUUAUAAUUAUAAUAUUAUAUUAAUUGUAAUUAUAAAUAAAAACAUCUUUAUCACGAUAAAUCACAUAACGCUUACAACAUAAACCGACACUACAGAACAUACUUUAUGUUUUGCUUACGCACAAAAUGUAAUAUCUAUUUAGGUAUCUAACUAACCAAAACUGUUGUUAUGUUAUUAUGUUAAACUAUUUUUAUGUUAAACUAUUUGUAUGCUAGAAUAUUUAGAUUUUGUUUGUGUAUUGGCUUGUCUUUUUAAAUCAAUACACAAUAUUAUGGAAUAAAAAUAAAUGUUUUCUUUAUUUUAUAAAUUACCACAAUAUU